UACUGGAGUGUCUCUCCGCCGCCUGGUCAUAUGUUACAAAAACCGAGGAACAGGAGCCGCCCUGGUGCCGAGCCGGGGAGCGGCACUUCUGGUGAGGUCCCGAGUGGGUCCGGAUGCCCUGAUGCCAAGCAGGACUCCGCUGGCACCUUGUCAUCGAGCUCCCGCCCCGCCCAGGCCACCCCCGCCCCGGAACUCCGGACCCAGAAGCAGCUGGAAUUGAAGGUGGCAGAGCUAGUGCAGUUCUUACUGAUUAAGGACCAGAGGAAGAUCCCCAUCAAGCGGAGCGGUAUCCUGAAGCACGUCAUCCGAGACUACAAGGACAUCUUCCCAGACCUGCUCAAGCUGGCUGCCGAGCGGCUCCACUACGUGUUCGGGUACAAGCUGGUAGAACUAGAACCCAGGAGCAAUGCCUACAUCCUCAUCAACGCCCUGGAGCCAGUGGAGGAGGAUGGUGAAAUGAGAGGCAGCCAAGGAACGCCCACCACCGGCCUCCUGAUGAUUAUUUUAGGGCUCAUCUUUAUGAAUGGCCACAGCAUCCCGGAAACCGAAGUCUGGGAUUUUCUACGUCGUUUGGGGGUGUAUCCCACCAAGAAACAUUCAGUGUUUGGGGAUCCGAAGAAACUCAUUACUGAAGACUUCGUGAGGCAACGUUAUCUGGAGUCCCGACGGAUACCCUACACAGAUCCUGUGGAUUGUGAGCUCCAGUGGGGUCCACGAGCAAAUCUAGAAACCAGCAAGAUGAAAGUUCUUAAGUUUGUGGCCAAAGUCCACAAUCAAGAUCCCAAGGUCUGGCCCACACAGUACUGUGAGGCUUUGGCCGAUGAGCAAAGCAGGGUCAUACCUGAACCCAGUGGUCCAGCCCCGACUUCUUGAAAUAAGUACUUGAGAUUUCAAGCACAAGCAGGAAGAAUAGGGAAUGUGAGGAGAGAAGGAGCAUAUUUCCACAACAAUUAAAAUGCAUUAUCUUUAA